AUGGCUUGUGCCUCUAAUGCCUCACACACACCAAUAUUUCUUUUAGUGGGGUUAUGGAAAGGUGGCCCUCCUAAUAGUCUUCUUUUCCUGCUGUUCUUGACUGCCUACAUGGGUGCUAUGGUGGGUAACUUAACACUAGUCCUUCUUAUCUCUUGGGACUCACGGCUUAGCACUCCCAUGUACUACCUGCUACGUGGGCUCUCUGUGAUUGACACAGGGCUGGCCACAGUUACCUUACCCCAGGUGCUGGCCCACCUGGCUUCUGCCCAACCAGCCAUUCCUGCUAUCCGUUGCCUACUCCAGUUUUUCUUCUUCUAUGUAUUUGGUGUCACGGACACACUAGUGGUGGCGGUCAUGGCUGUGGACCGUUAUGUGGCCAUCUGUAACCCAUUGCACUAUCCAGCUGUAAUGAACCAACAGGUCUGUGGCCGUUUACUAGCUUCUUGUUGGACUGUGUCCUUCAUUCAUUCUCUUCUGCAUGUAGGGCUCCUAUUUCCCCUCCAGUGGACUGGUGACAAUGAGGGUGUUGUCUAUCUCCCCCACUUUUUCUGUGAUCACCGACCCCUACUGAAGGCAUCCUGCUCUGACACUAAACCCAAUGAGUUGGCCAUCUUUCUGGAGGGUGGCUUGCUCAUGAUGGGACCCUGUAUUCUCAUUCUACUUUCCUAUGCCCGCAUUGCAAUUACUAUCUCACGGCUGCCCUCAGCUGCUGGCCGAAAGAAGGCUUUCUCCACCUGUGGUUCCCAUCUAACCAUGGUCACUUUCCUCUAUGGCACCAUCAUCUGGGUAUAUUUUCAGCCACCCUCCCAGAAUUCUCAGCAGCAAGACAUGGCAGCUGCUGUGAUGUAUACAGCCAUUACUCCUCUGGCCAAUCCAUUUGUCUACAGUCUCCGCAAUAAGGAUGUUAAGGGUGCCUUUCAAAGACUUCUUGUUCCCAAUCGAGUCACCUCCUGA